UCGUGUUAACCAUGCUCACCUUGUCGGACAGGUCGACAGCUUGAUGCCUGAGGAUCGAGGCUAUGCAAGAGUCAAGGCCACCAAUUCAAGGGACGGUUUGCUAUCGUCGGCUGUCCUUUCCCAGCCAUGCUUCCCUCUCUUGAACCCCUGCUCCCGAGGCACAGGUCACGUGCCUAAGUCAAGGUGACAGUUGGAAGACACAGUCAGCCCCUGCCCCUUGCAAGCUCGGAGCCCACCGACUCGCAGUCGAGCAUGAUCAUAUCAAAAACAAACCUCCCGGCAUUUCUUGGCUCCUUGGCCAACCCCGCAAAGAAGAACCCUCCUUCCUCUUCCAUAAAAGGGGGUGCCCCGGGAACCAGCCAGCAGCGGGACGGCGCAGGUCCAGACGCAAAGCCCCCAGCCAACACAUUUUCCCUCACCGCCGGGUGCGGGUGGCGACAAGACCGCCAAGAGAUUUUGACCGCAGAGGUUCCUGCCUCUUCGGGAAGCUGGACCGCUGCCCGAGAUGCUGUCGCUGAUAUUGCUGGACUGGGCUCUUCGGUCUGCCCGAGUGCUGUCGCUGAUAUUGCAGAUAGACACCAGCUGGGGCCGGCAGAAUGCAGGAUUUCCAUAAAUACGCCCGUUUCUUAAUUUGCCUGUCCGUUCCGCUGCAUGCGUCCCAGACUUUUGGUCCAGCCGGAUCCAGCUGUUUCUUUUUUUGGUGCUAGGUCGCGACGCUCCAGUUCAUUCUAAGAGCCUCAAAAGUAGUCGAUUUGGACCUGUGCCCUUUUCUGCCCGUCACCCUCACCAAACAUCCCAGCAAGCAAGCCAAAAUGCGCUACGCAUUUGCGCUCACGGCCGUCACGGCCGUCUUUGCGGCCGAAAUGCCCAAGGACGAGGCUCGUGCCCGGGAGCUCUACGACUCUGGAAAGAGGCACGAGGACCUUCUGAACAGGAAGAUUUCGCUCUGGACCGCCGGGGAGGAGGCUGGCCUGAUGAACUCGACCAAGUGGCCCAGGCUAGACUACACCAAAUGUGUGGACGGCUUCGCCCAGGCCAUCCCUGGCAGCGCGGUCCACAAGUUCAGGUGCAAGAACAUUGAUCUGUACGACUUCAUCAAUCAUGCCACCCUUGGCUCCCCCAACACCGACUACCGCGGCAAGAGCGGCAGCUCCUCGUGGGGGUGGACCGACCCCGAGUCUGGCCGCGAGUUUGUCGUCAGCGGCAUGUACGACGGAGUGGCGUUUAUCGAGAUUCUCCCUGAGGGCCGGAUGCACCACGUCGGAUUCCUUCCCAAAUGGGCGCCUGUUGCCAACAUGGCCUACUGGACUGAGAUCCGUCCUUACCUACACUACAUGGUUAUCGGCAGUGAGCUCGAGGGCAACGGUAUCCAGAUCUUUGACAUGAAGAAGCUCCUCCAUGUCAAGAAGGCAGACGCCCCCGUGCUGUUUACCAACGAAAAGGACCUCCACGGCCACUUCAAUGAGACCCUGCCCAUCGGGCGGACCCACAACGUUGUGAUCAACGAGGAGGCCAAGUACGGCGUCGCCGUGGGCGUGGCGCCCCGCGAUGAGUACUGCAAGGGCGGCCUGCACUUUUUUAGCCUCGAGGAUCCUGCCAACCCCAAGGCUCUGGGCUGCAACGGCAAUGAUGGCUACGUCCAUGAUGCCCAAUGCUUGAUCUACCGUGGCCCCGACACCAGGUACCAGGGCCGCGAUAUCUGCUACGGCUACAACGAGGACACCUUGACCAUCUACGACGUCACGGACAAGGCCAACUCGACCAUCAUCUCCAUCACCUCGUACGAGGGCGCCGAGUACACGCACCAGGGCUGGGUCAACGACGUCAACUGGCAGGAGUACCUCUUCAUGGACGACGAGUACGACGAGGUGGACGCCAGCGGGCCCUCCAAGGACGGCUACCCGACCACGUACAUCUGGGACAUCCGCGACCUCGAGAAGCCCAGGCAGACGGGCCUGUUCAAGGCCGCCAACCGCGGCAUCGACCACAACCUCUACGUCGUCGGCGACCUCAUCUACCAGUCCAACUACGGCGCCGGCAUGCGCGUCUACGACAUCUCGUCGGUUAAGGAGGACCCCACGGGCAGCAGCGUUUGCGAGGUUGCGUACUUUGACAUCUACCCCGAGGACGACGACCUGCCCGGCGGCGGUACCGUUGCGUUUGUCGGCUCGUGGUCGUCGUACGCCAUGUUCCCGUCCGGUUUUAUCUUUAUCAAUACGAUCGAGCGGGGAGGAUACCUCGUCAAGAUGACCAAGCGCGAGGCCUGCAAGCCAAAAACGUGCAACGCCGACAACUGCCUCCGCGCGAUGCGGUCCAACAGCAUCGGCGGCCGUCUCGGCGAGAGCCAAAAGUUCUGCGGCGAGUUCACCAAGACGUACGUCUCCGACGUCGCCGUGGUGCCCGAGUACGCGCGGCAGGCGUGCCAGACCAACGUCAUCUCCCGCGUCAGCUCGGCGUGCUCUUGCCUGCCGACGGGUGCGUGAGAGGGCGACGUUUUGGGUAGAAUGUCACCCAUCUUGGGCCAUUGAUUCGGGAGAAGGGUCAUUUCAUCUUGGAAAUCUGCACGACGUUGAUGGAAAAGUAGAAUAGAUGGCCUCACAGUGCUCAACCCGUACCUACACUCCAAUGUCAAGAUCUAGACCACCAGGUUGUGGAUAUGCGUGAACAAAAUCUAGGCCUGGGCCGGCCAAUAACCCUCUUAC